CGGAGCGGGGCGAGGAAAACGGGGCGACAGAGCGAGCGAACAGAGGACGGAAGAAAGGGGGAGAAACGAGGUCAAUCGUGGAUUUCUACCUUUAAUUCACACGGAAACGAGUUUUUCUAGAAUUCCGAGAACAGUGUUUUAUAAUCACGAUUCAGAAAUGGCCCAGGAGACCAACCAGAGCCCCGUGCCCAUGCUCUGCACCACCGGCUGUGGCUUCUAUGGCAACCCUAGGACCAAUGGCAUGUGCUCAGUUUGUUAUAAGGAGCACCUAACGAGACAGAACAAUGGAGGCCCUCUAAACUCUAUGGGUUCUAGCAGCGUAACCAGUAGUCCUACCUCAGAGGCCUCGGCGAUCCAGAUCAUCGAGGCUAGCCUAAACAAUUCUGCCAGCGAAGCCGAGUCGCCGAGCGGUGCCGCUGCAGCACUUCCUGUUACGCAGCAGAUGAUAGAGAUGAGCAUUUCCUGUGAAGUGGAAGCAGCGUCGCCUAAAGUAGAAGUUCCUGAACCUGUUGUAACUCAACCCACAGCGUCGGUUUCCUCAGCUAACACAGCAGAUAGUGAGGAGGCUAAAGCUCCAGAAGCCCCCAAACCUAAGAAAAACCGCUGCUUUAUGUGCCGUAAGAAAGUUGGCCUUACAGGAUUCGACUGCCGCUGUGGAAACCUAUUCUGUGGAAUUCAUCGAUACUCCGACAAGCACAACUGCCCCUACGAUUACAAAGCCGAGGCCGCGGCCAAGAUCCGCAAAGAGAACCCUGUAGUCGUCGCAGACAAGAUCCAGAGAAUAUAGACGGAUACACUAGAUCAUCUUCAUCUUGCUUUCUCUCGUCUUCGAGCCGUGACCCUGAGAUCAGGCUGAGAUCAUACAAUAAAAAAGGACUCGCGCU